AUGGACGAGGAACUGAGAGGCAUGUGCCUGCUUGAAAUCGAUGAAUUGUCCAUGACCGAAAAACUGAUUCUUGCGCACGUGCAUCAGCGCUUGCAGCAGUGGAGAAUGGAGCUGUAUCAUGGUCGGCAUUGUCGCAGUCGCGCGGAGGUGUGUCCCGCCACUGCUUGUGUUUGCGGUGCCAGAUUACCGUUUGGUGGCGUGAAGGUAGUGCUUGCAGGCGAUUUUGGUCAGUUGCCCCCCGUCGCAGUGCCGCCCGAACGGACGCUGUUGUGUUCCAAGGCAAAAUCAGUAGGCCAAGAUCGGCGCGAUGUGAACCUUGGCUUGCGGUUGUUUCAGCAGAUUCGGGUCGUGUUUCGGCUUCGACGGAUUCACCGGCAGGUGGGCCAGUCACUUUACAAGGAAUCCCUGUUGCGACUGCGGGACACAGCGCGCACGAAAGAAGAUGUUCAGCUUUGGAAGUCACACGAUUUGACUGAUGUGGCAGCUUGCACUCUGACCGUGGAGGAACGGAAGUUUUUCGAGGGCAAAUGCGUGCACUUGUUUUGCGAAAACCGUCGUGCCGGACAAUUCAACGGCCGACGUCUAGGCGAAGACGUCGCAGGCAAAGAAAACUCUACCAUUCUUCGUGUUUGGUCCAAUGACAGUACUCCUGGAGUGGAGCGUUACACCAGCGAAAAUUAUGGAGGUUUGAAGCGGGUGCUACAUUUGGCGGAAGGGGCUCCGGUUAUGUUGACCACGAACUUGCGGACUGUGUGGAACUUGGUGAAUGGUGCCCGUGGUCACGUCGUGUCCGUUGUGCCGGCGGAGCAGCACCCCGCCGUGAGCGGCGAUCGGGUCGAACCGGGAGCGUCCGCGGCUGAAGUUGGCGGCGUGUCUGCAACUGCCGCAGAAUACGUCAUCGUCGAUUUCCCAGAUUACGUCGGUUUGACCCUGUCCUCCGGCUGUGUUUUCAACAUGGAACACGAACCGACUUGGUCGCCUUUCAAGCAGAUGUGCGGCCUCGCCUUUGUCGGGUUUUCGCGUGUCACCGACUUUGCAAUGAUGGCAUUCAAACACGUGCCGGAUUAUUGGUCUUUCCAAAGCAUGGUCGACACCGACUUGUUUCGAUGGCGGGCCGAAUUGGAGCAGCGUUUGGAUGAGUUACACGAUCGAACCGCUGAGAUUAUGUUUGAAGGUCGGGCUUCCGUGCAAGAAGACGUGCAACGUCAUCGUGCUUGGUCUGAAAGCUUGAAGGGUGCGCAGAUGAGUCCUGAGCAAGUGGCUGAUUUGACCCACAUGCUGUCUUUGCGAGGGGUGUUGCCUCAGCCAGGUUACACGGACAAGCCUGUUCGCCGCAUGGCUAGCAAAGCAGGCGGUGGCCGGACCAAGCGUAAGACCAUGCGCGGUGCCACCGCGAAGACGACCAGCUUGCCGGAUGUGGGAGAUGGGACCAGGGAGCCGCAGUGUGAUGCAGGCGGUUUGUCGGCUGACGAAGAUGCGUAUUAUGCAGAGCUGCACGAAGAAGAGGAGUUGGAAAAGGCAGGUUUUGAGGCAUACUUGGAAGACAGGGCUUUUGGAGGACGCGCGUCGCAGAGCGCAAGAAAUCGACGCCUGCGCAGCUGCUCAGAAAUAGUCCUGGAGUGUGCCGUUGUGGGCGUUGCGGGCUGCUCCGCCAGCACCUCCUUUGCCGUAGGCAUCGAUCUGCGUGCGUCGCUGCGGACCGCGCAGACAGCCGGGACGACAUGCUGCUUAGGAAUUGUCUUGGAGUAUGCCGUUGCGGGCUGCUUCGCCAAUACUUUCGUUUGCCGUAGGCUUGGCUCCUUUAUGCUGCCUCUGGGGGUGUGCCGCAGAUUUUUCGUAGACAGUGACGGAGUACGUCGUUGCGGACUGCUCUACCACAGCCUUCGUUGA